UAUAUACAAAUACAAUUCACAUUCCAAACUAAAAGUAAACAAGCCAAAGUAAAAUGGUUGAAUACCGAAAAUGGUUGAGAAACGUUCGAAGAAAAAUCCUAAGAUCAUCCAACAGAGACAUAACUCUCCCUCCUCGUAUAAGUGUUUGUACAAAUCAAAGCGAACAACCAAUACUUGAAAAUGAAUCAACCACCGUCACAACCACCAACAGGGAAGGUUUUAUCAGAUUACCAUCACCACCGCCAAUUAAUUCUUCAUCAACCAAAUUAUUCACUAAGGAAGACUUUGCAGCAAUUAAGAUUCAAGCUCAUUUCAGGGGUCAUCUCGCAAGACGAGCACAUAAGGCGUUGAAAAGUUUAGUGAAACUGCAAGCAUUGGUUCGUGGGGUGUGCGUGAGGAGACAAUCGCGUAUAGCAAUGCAGUGUAUGCAUGCACUUGUUCGUUUACAAGUUAGGGUUCGUGCAAGGCAAUUGCUUGGUACCUUUGAUCAUACUCAAUAAUUUACUAUACUAAUCGGUAAGAUAAUGAUUUUCCUCAUAUCUCAUUUGUAGAUUAUCAAAAGUUAAAAGAGAUGGGAUGAUAAAAUAAAUAGUUAUAGAAGGAAACGAGUGUAAAAUUGUAAGAUAACAAUUUUGAUUUGUUUGAGGUGGAAGAACCAGUAAUUUUAGGACUGAUGAUGUAUUUGCUAAGGUUCUUUUGUGGAUGUUGUUUAUGUUAUUUAUUUAUUUAUUUUUUGCAAAUGGUUAUUUGACCAAUUCUGAUUUAUUCAAAUAGGUAUGUAUGUUUAUGAGUUUGGAAGUUGGAAGAAUAUUAAUUUGAGGGGUGCUAUGCUUACACCCAACUUUGACACCGUAA